AUACAAAAUACAGCACACACAAUUGAAAACGACAACCUAACAGUACGGUUUCCCAAAGCACCUUACAUUUCAAAACCGAAAACCCCCAAAAUGUUGUAACCAAAUAAUGUUUAAAUCACAUAUACACCUACAUAUAUUUAUGAAAAAUUGUUAGACAAAUCCCAAAUAAUACCAGUUCCCCCAACAACCGCAACAAACACAAGUGCAAUUCAUCGGCAAAAAUUAAUAUAAAGUGCAAAUGCAUUGUAGCUGAAACUCAAACAAUAGUAAAAAUACAUACAUAAGUGGUGAAGAAGCAAAAGGAAAUAGUUCUUAAAAUAACGCAAAUCGAGAGCAUAUAUUCAUAUUUGUACAGAUAUUAUAUGGCGGCUGCAUAGUGCAAACUGCGGCUGAGGGAAUACAGCGGUAUCGAAAUGUAAAUAGGAAACAACGAAGCCAGAACUCGAAAUCAAACAUCAGCAACGUGACACACAGACAUAAGACGCCCGUCUAGUCGUGGUCUGUGGAACGCUAGCUCCGCUUUGCCAGGAGCCGGAGACUUUUUCCGCAUCCACAAUAUUACAUAUGUACAUAUAUCGAAGAUAGUGCGCGAGUGAGUGAGGGAUUUGUGCCGUGGAUCCCGAUCCCCUUACAUAUAUAUAAAGGUAGUGAAAAGAUUUUACUCAACAUUCCAAAUAGUGCUUUGUCAACUGGAAUACCUUUUGUUCAAAUACGCAGUGGGCCCAUGGAUACUUGUGGAUUAGUAGCAGAACUGGCGCACUAUAUCGACGCAUAUGCUCUGAUUGUUUCCCGCACUAAAUGAGCAGGGAUUCGGGCGAAAAUGUAUUUUGAACGCAAACAAGUGCGCAAAAAAUACUAGCUCCACCACGAAACUGCACAAAACACCGCCAGAAGCGAGCAGAACCUCGGGCCGCACGACCGAGCUUCGUAAAGCAACAGAGGAUCUUACCAGGAGAUAGCUCUUCUCCACAUAGACCAACUGCCAGGGACAAGCUCCUUGUCCCCAGCCGACGCUAAGUGAACGGAAAACGGCCACAAAACGGCGACUAUCGGCUGCCAGAGGAUGAAGCGGCGCUGGUCGAACAACGGCGGCUUCAUGCGCCUACCGGAGGAGUCGUCCUCGGAGGUCACGUCCUCCUCGAACGGGCUCGUCCUGCCCUCGGGGGUGAACAUGUCGCCCUCGUCGCUGGACUCGCACGACUAUUGCGAUCAGGACCUUUGGCUCUGCGGCAACGAGUCCGGUUCGUUUGGCGGCUCCAACGGCCAUGGCCUAAGUCAGCAGCAGCAGAGCGUCAUCACGCUGGCCAUGCACGGGUGCUCCAGCACUCUGCCCGCGCAGACAACCAUCAUUCCGAUCAACGGCAACGCGAAUGGGAAUGGAGGCUCCACCAAUGGCCAAUAUGUGCCGGGUGCCACUAAUCUGGGAGCGUUGGCCAACGGGAUGCUCAAUGGGGGCUUCAAUGGAAUGCAGCAACAGAUUCAGAAUGGCCACGGCCUCAUCAACUCCACAACGCCCUCAACGCCGACCACCCCGCUCCACCUUCAGCAGAACCUGGGGGGCGCGGGCGGCGGCGGUAUCGGGGGAAUGGGUAUUCUUCACCACGCGAAUGGCACCCCAAAUGGCCUUAUCGGAGUUGUGGGAGGCGGCGGCGGAGUAGGUCUUGGAGUAGGCGGAGGCGGAGUGGGAGGCCUGGGAAUGCAGCACACACCCCGAAGCGAUUCGGUGAAUUCUAUAUCUUCAGGUCGCGAUGAUCUCUCGCCUUCGAGCAGCUUGAACGGAUACUCGGCGAACGAAAGCUGCGAUGCGAAGAAGAGCAAGAAGGGACCUGCGCCACGGGUGCAAGAGGAGCUGUGCCUGGUUUGCGGCGACAGGGCCUCCGGCUACCACUACAACGCCCUCACCUGUGAGGGCUGCAAGGGGUUCUUUCGACGCAGCGUUACGAAGAGCGCCGUCUACUGCUGCAAGUUCGGGCGCGCCUGCGAAAUGGACAUGUACAUGAGGCGAAAGUGUCAGGAGUGCCGCCUGAAAAAGUGCCUGGCCGUGGGUAUGCGGCCGGAAUGCGUCGUCCCGGAGAACCAAUGUGCGAUGAAGCGGCGCGAAAAGAAGGCCCAGAAGGAGAAGGACAAAAUGACCACUUCGCCGAGCUCUCAGCAUGGCGGCAAUGGCAGCUUGGCCUCUGGUGGCGGCCAAGACUUUGUUAAGAAGGAGAUUCUUGACCUUAUGACAUGCGAGCCGCCCCAGCAUGCCACUAUUCCGCUACUACCUGAUGAAAUAUUGGCCAAGUGUCAAGCGCGCAAUAUACCUUCCUUAACGUACAAUCAGUUGGCCGUUAUAUACAAGUUAAUUUGGUACCAGGAUGGCUAUGAGCAGCCAUCUGAAGAGGAUCUCAGGCGUAUAAUGAGUCAACCCGAUGAGAACGAGAGCCAAACGGACGUCAGCUUUCGGCAUAUAACCGAGAUAACCAUACUCACGGUCCAGUUGAUUGUUGAGUUUGCUAAAGGUCUACCAGCGUUUACAAAGAUACCCCAGGAGGACCAGAUCACGUUACUAAAGGCCUGCUCGUCGGAGGUGAUGAUGCUGCGUAUGGCACGACGCUAUGACCACAGCUCGGACUCAAUAUUCUUCGCGAAUAAUAGAUCAUAUACGCGGGAUUCUUACAAAAUGGCCGGAAUGGCUGAUAACAUUGAAGACCUGCUGCAUUUCUGCCGCCAAAUGUUCUCGAUGAAGGUGGACAACGUCGAAUACGCGCUUCUCACUGCCAUUGUGAUCUUCUCGGACCGGCCGGGCCUGGAGAAGGCCCAACUAGUCGAAGCGAUCCAGAGCUACUACAUCGACACGCUACGCAUUUAUAUACUCAACCGCCACUGCGGCGACUCAAUGAGCCUCGUCUUCUACGCAAAGCUGCUCUCGAUCCUCACCGAGCUGCGUACGCUGGGCAACCAGAACGCCGAGAUGUGUUUCUCACUAAAGCUCAAAAACCGCAAACUGCCCAAGUUCCUCGAGGAGAUCUGGGACGUUCAUGCCAUCCCGCCAUCGGUCCAGUCGCACCUUCAGAUUACCCAGGAGGAGAACGAGCGUCUCGAGCGGGCUGAGCGUAUGCGGGCAUCGGUUGGGGGCGCCAUUACCGCCGGCAUUGAUUGCGACUCUGCCUCCACUUCGGCGGCGGCAGCCGCGGCCCAGCAUCAGCCUCAGCCUCAGCCCCAGCCCCAACCCUCCUCCCUGACCCAGAACGAUUCCCAGCACCAGACACAGCCGCAGCUACAACCUCAGCUACCACCUCAGCUGCAAGGUCAACUGCAACCCCAGCUCCAACCACAGCUUCAGACGCAACUCCAGCCACAGAUUCAACCACAGCCACAGCUCCUUCCCGUCUCCGCUCCCGUGCCCGCCUCCGUAACCGCACCUGGUUCCUUGUCCGCGGUCAGUACGAGCAGCGAAUACAUGGGCGGAAGUGCGGCCAUAGGACCCAUCACGCCGGCAACCACCAGCAGUAUCACGGCUGCCGUUACCGCUAGCUCCACCACAUCAGCGGUACCGAUGGGCAACGGAGUUGGAGUCGGUGUUGGGGUGGGCGGCAACGUCAGCAUGUAUGCGAACGCCCAGACGGCGAUGGCCUUGAUGGGUGUAGCCCUGCAUUCGCACCAAGAGCAGCUUAUCGGGGGAGUGGCGGUUAAGUCGGAGCACUCGACGACUGCAUAGCAGGCGCAGAGUCAGCUCCACCAACAUCACCACCACAACAUCGACGUCCUGCUGGAGUAGAAAGCGCAGCUGAACCCACACAGACAUAGGGGAAAUGGGGAAGUUCUCUCCAGAGAGUUCGAGCCGAACUAAAUAGUAAAAAGUGAAUAAUUAAUGGACAAGCGUAAAAUGCAGUUAUUUAGUCUUAAGCCUGCAAAUAUUACCUAUUAUUCAUACAAAUUAACAUAUAAUACAGCCUAUUAACAAUUACGCUAAAGCUUAAUUGAAAAAGCUUCAACAACAAUUGGACAAACGCGUUGAGGAACCGGGAGAAAAUUUAAGAAAAAAAAAACCAUUGAAAAUUAUGAAAUUUAGUAUACAUUUUUUUUGGGUGGAUGUAUGUCGCAUCAGACUCACGAUCAAUUCUCGAAUUUUGUUAACUAAAUUGAUCCUCCAAACUGCAUGCGAAACAGAUCAGAAAAGAGAACAGACAGUAGGGCGUGAACAGAGGGAAGAGAGAAGAGAAUAAAGAUUGUUUAUAUUUAAAAAAUAUAUAAAAUAAUAAUUACUAACUCUAAACGUAAUGAAAGCAACUGUAUAAUAUCUAACUAUAACUAUAAAUUCGUACUGUAGGGAAGUGAGAAAAUCUGUUAAAUGAAACAAAAAUAAUGAUAAUAACAUUAUCAUCCACCAUAAUUAAAAUCAUUUAAAGUAAUUAAAAACAAAACACUUUUAAAACACGCAAAACUUGGACUGAUUUUAUAAAUAUUUUUUAAUCAUAAAGAAAGGCAACCUGAAAAAAAUAUUACAAAAACAAAUAACAACAUAUUUUAUUAUGACACCCUUAUAUGUUUUCAAAACGAGAAUUUAAAUUCUUAGAUUCUUAUAAUUUCAUCCAAAAAUAUUAGCCAGCAAAAACCUUUAUUAUUGGCAUUGUUUUUAGACAUGUUUUCAAAAAAAACUUUGAUAUUGAAACUAAACAAAGGAUAAUGAAAUGAAAGUGAUUGGAGUCUUACUCAAAAACCAAAAGGCAUCAAAAGGUAUUAAAUUAAAAAUAUAAUCUAAUUUCGAGUUCAAGAAACACUUUUUGGUGGAAAAUAGUUUUCAAUCACUUUGAUAAAAACCACACAAAUUAAUAAAUACAUGCAUACACCAAAAGACUUCAAUAUAUAUUUUUAAAAUUUACAUUGAUAAUUCGAAAUUUGAAUAAGAAUCACAUCCAUCUAAUUUGGCUAAAUCAAAAUUUUUAUGAAAGCCACACAAAAAACGUGCAAAUUUGAUUACUUUGGCAAUUUUUAUGUUAUACAAAAUUUAUGCAAUUGAUUUUCAAAAUAAUUUUUAUUAGAUUGUAUUAGUUUCAUUUUGCUUUGGGAUGUACAUUUUAAAUAAAUUUUACUUUAAAUUGUUGGCCUUAUUUUAACUUAAAUCAAAUUUAUUCUAAUUUUAGUAAAAAAAAAUGUGUUUAAAAUUGAAAAUAAGAACACUGUAAAAUAUUAAUAAAAAAUUAAAGUUUAAAGUGAUUCUUUUAUUAUGUAAAAAGAAGACAAAAAAUAUCUUACGUAGCUUUCUACUUGAAUUGUGCAAUUUUUUACUUUUACUACUAAUCCUAAUUUAAAUAUAAUUUACACACACGCCUACACAUCCAGCCACAUAUUUUUAAUUUUAAGUCAACCUAAUUUAUAAAUAUGAAUUUGUAUAAUGACGAACUAAAAUUAGCAUGACAUCAUGGACAUACUUGGAAAUAACUCUAUCAAACGAGCUAAAUGCAUUGAAGAAGAAAAUUCUUGUUAAAUAUAGUCUGCACUUCGACAAACGAAAAUCAGUGAAUUAUUUAUUCAUAUUACAAAGACGUUCGUGGGAAGCUCCAAGGGAAUCCAUGGACUAUCCAGGCUCAUUAAACUCUUUAUUAGUUUCGUUUUUACAAUAGGCCUUAGUUAAAUUCCUUCUAGCAUGCAUAUUCAAGUACGUUCAAUUAUUAUUAUACAAAUAUACAAAGUUACUUUUAUACAUACCUUGUUUUGUAGUUCUACACGUAAUGUAAAGAAACAAACUAUCGAAAUACGGAUUAUUUUUACCUUUUUACCUUAUUUCUGCAAGUGGAAAAGAGAAAGCAAGAAAAAUGUAUACAAUAUAUGAGAAGUAUGUUGAAACAAAAAUAAGAAAACAAAAAAAUAUUCAAAAACAUAAACCAAAACCUCAGUGUUUUUAUUUUCUCAAUCCAUUUUUGUUAUUUCCGUUUGAUUUUCGAUGGCUAGGGAAAGGAUACGAAAUAAUGGGGUGCGAGUGAAAGACUUAUGAGGUAGAAAUUCAGAAUUUGAACAAAAUUUUGCAUACGAUACAGAUGCAAAUGGCUGUGAAAUUGGCGAGGAACAAAAGGAAGAGAUCAAAGCAUGAAAAUGAAUUAAGCAGUUGCCUAUAUUGUCGAAAUUUGGUUUAUGAUUUAUUUCAGUUGGAUUAUGGAUGAAAUGCAAGUAAGCUAUUUAAUAGCCUUCAAGCGUACUGUUUAAGUACCACUAGAGUUUACUAAGGACACGAAUGUGGCAGGGAGCGAAUGACUUUCCACAUAUUCCAUUCGAUUUGCAAUUUCGGACCCAAGUCGAGUGUUAUAUUUAGUGUAAGUGAAGUUUAAUAAAUACUCUCAAUUGACCCUCCCAAAAUCUUUCAAAUAUUAUAAUAGCACGCCUAAGACUUUGUACAUAUGCAUAUAUUAAUACAUAUAUAUAUUUAUAGCUCUGGCUCUGUAAGAUUGAAAACAAAAAAUGCGAACAACCAAAAUACAAAUAAUGCAACCUGAUGAAUUACGAAAAUACAAGAUUGUAUGGUAUAAAAUAGCAAUUUGUUGACAGAUUCAUUCAUAUAAAAAGAUUAAGAAACAACAAACACACAAAGCUAAAGCUGAAACGUAAGAAAAUCGUUAUGUAGAUUUUUGAAAUUCAAUGUGUUUAAUUUUUAUGCACUGUUUUCUGUUAUGUGUAAACUCGUAACUUGUUUUGCCCCAAUACCUAGACCUAACUAUGUAGAACCCACGACCACGACCGUGUACACACCCUGUAACCCUAAGAGAAAUUGAUUGACACUCAUACUCGUACACUUACAAGCAUUUUGUGUUCAACUUGUAGAUAUUGAUCCUGAAUUGAAAAACUACCUCAAGCAAAACAAAUGAUGAUUAAGCAGAAGGGCAACAGAUGUUGGGUGAUGGAAAGGUUUUAAGCAUUAUAAAAAUAAAUGUAACUACAAGCGAGACCUUAGCAGCAGAGCAUGAGCAGGAAAAGAACAAAGUAUAUACACUCAAGAAAGCUAUUAUUUCUCUUAUACGAAUUUGUUUCCAUCGCACUUUUAGCCCACGAUGACUUCGUUUUGAACUUAGAACGCACAAGCCUUGUUAAAGCUACCUGGUUUGCCGCUCAUAAUUGCCUAGCUUUAGGCGUUAUCAGAACUACGUAUGUAUAAUCGGCGACGUUAAACUUCAGUUUUACUUCUUUCCAUUAUCAUAACCCAAGCUGGACAAAAAGAGAAAGCUUUUUAAAUCGAUUUGAGUUAAAUAGCUGAGUUUUUCUCACUGCCAAACCGAAAAUGAGAUAUAAUACCAAGUAGUUUGACUAAGUUAUCGAACCGCAGCCAUUUUCAAACUUAGCGUAAAAAAGGGGAGAAACCAUAAGUCUAAUUUCAUUUGCAAUGUCUAGCAAUCAGUAAUAUAAUUCUAAAUUGUACCAUUAAUACCCACGAAAUAUAUACAAUUAUAACAACCACUUCAAGAUACGAUUUCGAGUAUAUCUUUAAGUCAGUACCUAUACGUAUAUUGAUUGACAACGCACACAAUUGCUAGACACAGAUCUUAGCGAGUAAAAUCAUUUUUUCCGGAAAUAGAGAUUUUAAAAAACAAAUAAAAAACUGAAAACUGAAUUGAUGGCAUUUUAGUGUAACGAGAAAUACAAAAGAAAGUCGAUAAUCUAAUCAGCAAAGUUACAAUAUUGUGAAAAAAGCCCAUUACACCGCAGAUACGUAGAAAAAAAUAGUAAAUUAAUUGGUGAUUUGACAGAUCGCCUAGAAAUAGUUUUCUAUUUCACUCGCAUUAUUAUUUACAUGCUACACUGCCAGAAAACUUUUACUUCACCUUUUACAUUAAGCAGCAGUAAGUCGAUUAGCAAAUUGCAAAUUCAAAUCGAAAGCAAUUCGAAUUGCAAAUCGAAAGCAAAUUUGUUUCAAAAACUUUCCAUGUCUCGCAUAUUCCUUAUGUUGCCGUAUAUCGAUUUUGAUAAAGAGAGAGAAGUAGAGAUUGUUAGCAUUUAAAUAAACUAGCAGUGAAUCGUGCUUUUCUAAUUUGAAUGGACUUCACAUUAAAUACACCAGAAUGGUAAAAACUCCAUAUGCAAUACAUACGGUGCAUGGAAAUAAAGCUACAUGCACCUACAUACUUACAUAAAUGGAUAAACCUGAUAUUAUAUUUAAAAUUCUGAUUAAUUUAAAGGUAUGUAAUGCUCUAACGAUGUUACGUCAUACACACUUUUAUACUUUAAAAUUAAAGCAUUAUGUUAAGUUGGUGGACAUAAGUAAGACAGCUAAUAUUGUCGAUUAUAUGCAGUUAGUUGUCGAGUAGGAUAUUUUUGAGGAUCAGGCCAAUUGUCAAAAGUUUAAUCUAAAAGUAAGGGCGCAAAGAUUACAUUUUUAAUACUAAUUUCUUAAUCAAUACAUUAAUUUAGAACUAGAUACACAUACAAUUUGCAUAGUUGUAUAAU